GCCAACUGGUAACACAUCCCAUUCGUAAUCGUCGCGCCCGUUUCCUUUAAAUACAAAUGAAUGCCGUCCACUCAAUCAGCUUCGACUUGACACCGCAGCAACAUGAUCCGUUCCCUUCUCCUUGUCGUGGGCCUGGUGGCGGCCGCCUUCGCAGACGACUACGCCUUCAACCAGAUAGACGAGAUGGCCGAGCGCAUCGAGGUGUGCCUCAAGCCCGUCAAGAACCGGAGCAGCUUCGACCGCCCCGGCGCCCUGUGCCUGAUGGACGCCCGCUGGAGCCUGAUGGACGGCGUCGCCCAGGACAUGGUGCCCGCUAACGUUUCUUCGUGCCUGAAGGAGAAGAAUGUUCCCAACAACACUGUGGCCACCGUCGAGGCGUGCCUCGUGGACUCCAUGGCCGUGCCUCUCAAGCCCGCACUCGAAGAGGCCGACUACUCCGCCGAGCAGCGCGACGAGAUCAGCAGCCGCAUCGAGGUGUGCCUGUCCUCCAUCCCCGAGACCCAGUACGCGACUCCCGCCUCGGACUGCCGCAACAACGCCCUGCUCCAGGCGGACGACGGCUACCCCAAGGAGACCCUCGUCGACUUCAUCGUGCCCUGCCUCGAGGGCAAGAAGAUCUCCGCCGCGGUCGUGGCCCAGGCCCAGACGUGCAUCGCCGCGUCCCUUGCACAGCCCCUGUGAUUUCCAAAGGGUUUCUCUUAUCUGUGACGUGAUGCAAUUAAUUGAUGUUAUGCAGAGUAAAAUUGGUUCCAUUCAUUUUUGGCCCGCAAAGGA